GGUCACGUGAGACUCCGCGGCGGGUCGUGGAGGAAGCUGGGCCAAGAUGGCGACCGCGAGGAAGGUGAUGCCGCGGAGACUGACGGUUUUGGCGUCUCUCCGGGCUGUCAGCACCUCUUCUGCAGAUACUUUGCGAAGGCAAGUGAAAAUUGUGGAAGUUGGUCCCCGAGACGGACUACAAAAUGAAAAGAACAUUGUGCCUACUCCUAUAAAAAUCAAGCUGAUAGACAUGCUUUCCGAAGCAGGACUCACUGUUAUAGAAGCCACCAGCUUUGUGUCCCCCAAGUGGGUUCCCCAGAUGGCUGACAACGCUGAAGUCUUGAAGGGCAUCCAGAAAUUUCCUGGUGUCAACUACCCAGUCCUGACCCCGAAUAUCAAAGGCUUCCAGGCAGCGGUUGCCGCUGGAGCCAAGGAAGUGAGCGUCUUUGGAGCUGCCUCAGAGCAGUUCACCAGGAAGAACACCAACUGCUCCAUCGAAGAGAGUCUGCAGCGCUCGGACGAAAUCUUGAGGGCAGCCCGGGCUGCCGGGAUCCCUGUGCGCGGGUAUGUCUCCUGUGCACUUGGAUGCCCCUACGAAGGGAAGAUCUCCCCGGCUAAAGUAGCUGAGAUCACCAAGAAGAUGUACUCCCUGGGCUGCUACGAGAUCUCCCUGGGGGACACCAUCGGCGUGGGCACCCCUGGAGUCAUGAAGGACAUGCUGUCUGCUGUCAUGCACGAGGUGCCUGUGGCUGCCCUGGCCGUCCACUGCCAUGACACCUAUGGCCAGGCCCUGGCCAACACCUUGAUAGCGCUGCAGAUGGGAGUGAGCGUUGUGGACUCCUCUGUGGCAGGACUUGGAGGCUGUCCGUAUGCACAGGGGGCAUCAGGAAACUUGGCCACUGAAGACCUUGUCUACAUGCUGUCUGGCUUGGGCAUGCACACGGGUGUGAACCUCCAGAAGCUCCUGGAAGCUGGGACCUUUAUCUGCCAAGCGCUGAACAGGAAAACCUGCUCCAAAGUGGCUCAGGCCACCUGUAAACUCUGAGCCCUUUUGCUGCCCAAAGCCCUGGGCACCAUGUGGGGAAGAGGGGCGCACGGGAGUGAUUCGGGACAGGGCACCUGGAAAUGGGAAUGAAAUUCACAGCAGGCCCCUCCCUGCCGGCUCUGCGCAUAGGGCUCCUGCACAAGGGAGGCCUCCCUGCCAGACCCGGGUGUGAGUGAGAAGCCCUGGGGCUGCGGGUCUCCCUGCCCCAGGGACCCCCGGCCCCGGAGCUCAAUGCCUGAGGGCACCCUAGAACCUAAUUCUGCGGCCUCAUCUCCGGGUGAAACCUGUCAGCUAGCUACACUACACAGCUUGACCGUGGGGUGGCCCAGGGGCCAUUGCCGGCGCCCUACAGCAAGGGGGCGUGGAGGAGUAUUUCCCCAACCUGGCAGAGGGCGUCUGCGGAAGGGGCGAGGUGGCCACUGCCAACACCAGCAUCUCUGGGAAAUCUCCACUCUGCCCAUGAUGUUUGAAAAGAGCUGCUGUAAUUAAACGUUGAAUGGCACGGAA